CAACCAAAGUCUGUACCUACCCUGCAGGUCAAGGACUGCCUGGAUCACACGGUGCUCCCGAUGGAUGGGGCGACCUUGGCCGAGGCCAUGCACCAGAGGGGCAUCAACAUGCGUUACCUGGGCAAGGUGAUCAACUUCAUCAGCAAGACCCCCGGCCGUGCACAGCUGGAUCACAUCUUUAAAAUUGGAAUCAGUGAAUUGAUCACUCGAUCAGCCAAACACAUCUUCAAGACGUACCUCCAGGGUGUGGAGCUGUCGGGUUUAUCCGCCGCCAUCAGCCACUUCCUCAAUUGCUUUCUGAGCUCCUUCCCAAAUCCCAUUGCCCAUCUUCCAGCUGAUGAGCUGGUCUCCAAGAAAAAGAAUAAGAAAAGGAAAAACAGGAACCUUGGAAAUGCUGAUAACACUGCAUGGGCCAGCAUGACCCCUCAGGAGCUAUGGAAGAAUAUUUGUUCAGAAGCAAAGAACUACUUUGAUUUCAGUCUUGAAUGUGAGAAUGCUGACCAAGCAGCUGAAGUGUAUAAUCUACAGAAAAUCACCCUGCUCCGUGAAAUCUCCCUCAAAACUGGAGUCCAGAUCCUGCUGAAGGAGUACAACUUCGACAACAGGCACAAGCCCACCUUCACAGAAGAAGAUAUUCUCAACAUCUUCCCCGUAGUGAAACACGUAAACCCCAAAGCCUCCGAUGCUUUCCACUUCUUCCAGAGCGGGCAAGCAAAGGUUCAGCAAGGUUUCUUAAAGGAGGGCUGUGAGCUCAUCAACGAAGCCUUAAACCUGUUCAACAAUGUGUAUGGUGCUAUGCAUGUAGAAAUCUGUGCCUGCCUGAGGCUGCUAGCUCGGCUCAACUAUAUCAUGGGAGAUUACUCAGAGGCCUUAAGCAAUCAGCAGAAAGCGGUGCUAAUGAGCGAGAGGGUCCUGGGCAUCGAACACCCCAACACCAUUCAAGAAUACAUGCACCUGGCUCUGUACUGCUUUGCAAACAGCCAACUCUCAACAGCACUGAACCUGCUGUACCGUGCACGCUACCUCAUGCUGUUGGUAUUUGGGGAGGAUCACCCAGAAAUGGCACUCUUGGAUAACAACAUUGGCCUGGUGCUCCACGGGGUCAUGGAAUAUGACCUGUCCCUCCGCUUCCUGGAGAACGCACUGGCCAUCAGCUCCAAGUAUCACGGCUCCAAGUCUUUGAAGGUUGCACUAAGCCACCACUUGGUUGCCCGAGUGUAUGAGAGCAAGGCGGAAUUCCGGUCGGCUCUGCAGCACGAGAAGGAAGGCUACACCAUCUACAAGAACCAGCUUGGUGAACACCAUGAAAAGACCAAAGAGAGCUCCGAGUACUUGAAAUACCUGACGCAGCAAGCGGUCGCUCUGCAGCGCACAAUGAACGAGAUCUACAAGAACGGCUCCAACGCCAACAUCAUGCCACUGAAGUUCACAGCUCCCAGUAUGGCCAGUGUCCUGGAGCAGCUCAACAUUAUCAAUGGAAUUCUCUUCAUUCCACUAAGCCAAAAAGACUUGGAGAACCUUAAAGCCGAGGUGCAGCGACGCCAGCAGCUCCAGGAAAGCAUGAAAAGUGGGGAACAGCUGGAAGCAGAGGAUAAAGCUGUGGAGGAAAAGGAGGCUGAGCCGAGCAUGCCUUCUGUUGCCAUCCCCUUAACACAGAGCUCUGCUUAACAUGUACCUCGCUUUAAAAAAAAAAAAAAGUUUAAACCACCCUUUUCUGAAUCUGGCCUGGGGCUUCAGCUGCCCCUGGAGCAGCUCCUCCUUUUUGACAAUGUUAUUGCACUGGUACAAUUAAUACACAAUGCAAAGAACUAAUCUGAGCAAUGUAAUCUGUCUGCCCGAGCUUGUGUGUGCCACGCGAGGGCAGUGGCCGGAGGCAGCACAGACCCGUCCUGGCGCGCGCGGGGCCGUCCUGCCGUGUGUGUGUCCGUGUCGUGUGUGUGCAGCAGUUAUUUCUACUUUGUACAUAUGGAUUCCAAAUGAACUGUCUGGAGGGAUGUAACAUUUCUCAGGUCAUUUUUAUGUUGACUAAGGACACUGCUUUGCUAAACCAGUACAGAACCAGCCCCAUUAUUGCUCCGCGUUCUUGUAAAACGUGAUUCCAAGCCAAAAGAUUGAUUCCCCACCAGUCACUAUCCCAGUUUGUGCUAAGAACAGCCAUAUUUGUGUCACUCAGAUGACUGAAGCUUGUGACGUGUGGAAGUGGGGAAUGUACAGCAUUUUCUACAUCAGGAUAUAGCCAUGGGAUUCCUUUAACCAUUUUUUUCUACAUUUGGUUGGCAGUUUAGCAAUUCAGUGGGAUUUUGUAACAUUCACAUUCUAAUUUUCAAGGUAAAGAUACAGAUAGAUAUAUACAUAGAUAUAUAUAGAUAUAUAUAUAUAUGAUAUUCACCGUUCCACCUCUGCUCUGCUUGCCGCUGAGUACCUUGGGAUACUUUAUUCAAAGAGUGAGGGCUUGAUGUUUAAAAAAGCGCACAAAAUUCCAUUGCAGUGGAAACCCCAGUGCCUCGGAGAGGUGGGAAUGCAGCAAAUGAGGGCUGAGCUAAGGGGAUGAGGAGGGAAGUGUGGCUCUAUUACGGGGCGGGGGGAGAGGGGAGGAAAAGUCAGAAAUAAAGAGACUUGGUCUCACUUGCAACAGCAGCUGUGACAGAGAUGAGGGCCCCGAACCUGAUGAAUAACCACCAGAAAGUACCAGGCUUUAGGGAGGGGAUUUAAAUAAAACCUGAAGUUCCCCCAGCACUGAAACCUCUGGCAAAUACCUCCUUCUCUGGAGUUUUUUGCACACUGGUUUUGGGACUGGCACCAGGAGCUUCCAUUGCUGGCAAUGGAUGGUACUGAAUGGCAAGGUGCCACUAAGGAAACCCUCCUCUCCCCUCCCCUCACACAUAUCCCGUGGGGCUGUCACUGUCCCCAAGCAAGAAGACUGGCCGCUGCAGGCCCUGGGUGCCGACAGUUGAAUGUCCUGUUUUCCAAGCAGCUGAAGCUGCAGAAGAAGGUGGGCCCGGCGCUGCCGGUGCCCAGCCUGUCCCUCCCUGGCGUUGUCUGUCCUGGGUCGUGCCCCGUGCUAACCCGCGCUGCUGCUUUUACUGACCUUGGGAGCCAAGUGCUGUCCCUGUGCUCUGUACCCUCGGGUUCCUGUCCGACCUUGCAGGUGUUUGUAACUCGGGGCGGGGGGGAAGAAGGGAGCAGCCUCUGAGGUGUUGGAGGCAACAGUCUUCACUGCAAAUGAACUUGCUCCUAUUAGAAAAAUUCUGAAUUUCCUGGAAAGCAAUCAAUAAAUGACUACAGUGCAUCUUUCCUACAA